AUGAGUUCCCCACCCCUCCCCGAUACCCAAGUUCCUGCGACGGAUCCCGAUCCUCCCAGUGACAGCGAGGAUGAAGUCGAGGCUGCCGAUGACGACGACGACGUAAACAUCCCGAUGACGCAGCAGACAGCACAGGCUCUGUUACCUGUAAUGGAACGGCCUUUCGACCCUGCUGAUGUCCCGGAAGAGAACAAGCGUGUCAGCAGAUACGCCGAGGCUCUCGGGGACGAUUUGCAUCACUUGGUGACGCUUGUUUGGGAUGAACAUCAGAGAGAACCUGAUCGAAUCCCAGUAGUAAUGGGUCUUUCAUUUGAAGACUGGAGGGACUUGUGCAUGCCGAUACUAUGUGCCACUCCUCAGGUUAUCCUGAAUGAGCUGGUCGGCGGAAAUCUUACACGGGCCGUAAGAAAAAACCCGGACGCCGAACGGGUUACGAAUCUGUACAAGAAGCGUGCAGAGCAUGGGAAUGCGGCAGGUCCUGGGAUCUACCACAUUGUCCUCGUCGACGAGGAAGGCUUGUCACCGACACCUCGCGAACUACUCAAAGUCAUCGAAGCUAUGCGCCAGUACUGCGACACCACCAGCGGUAACGACUCGAUAGCUUUCGACAUUGACAACGCCGUAAAGUCUACUCAAGUGUUGUUGUCGCAGACCCAGCCUGGUGAACGGCGCUACCUCGAGAAAGUGGGCUGGAGUGCCGCGUUGGAGGCUCGCAUCAAGCAGCUUCCUACCGACCUCCAGGAUAAACCUCUGCAUCCUCCGCUCAGGUACAUUGGUUACGGAAAUCCGGCGAAGAGGCUUGAAAACCACAUCAAGCAUCAGAGCUCGAAUUACAUAAUGAACCUCACGGAGUCCACUUGUCGGGCCGUGUGGAAGAACAGGGGUUUCCGUGUGGAAGGGUUCCCCAUUUACUGGUGUGAAACCCCAGAAGCGUGUAUAGCGUCCGAGGUUCUGUUCACAGCAAUCGCGGAUGGUUAUACACGUGAGGGCGGUGGCUUUAGCCACCAUCCCGCGGGGCAGAACAACAAGUGUGAGGAUGUGACCCUAGCACAAUGGGAGUGUAAUUGUCUCUGGGUUGAUAAGCUUACGCCCCUCGAGCUGUCUAUUCGCGCGUUCAACGCCCGGAAGUGGGCGCUCAGGGAGAACGAGCGUCAGCAUGAAGAGGCCGAUGAUCUUUCGGCACAGGAGCGUCCAAACUUGGAGGCCGCAGAUGGUUGGCUCGACGACAAUCUCAUGCCUGAAGUCAACCGGUGCAUUGAAAGUGUCAAUGAGACUACAGCGCUCCUCUCCCGGCUGCUUGUCCUUGUUUACGGCACCGACGAUCCUCAUCCCAGUGAGGACGAGAGCGAGGAACAGUCUUCCUGA